GGCUGCCGCAGACGGAAGUGCGGAGGUGGCGGUGGGGCCGUGGGGCUGCGGGACAGCGGACCGCGGUGGGCGGGCGGUCAUGGAGGAUCCUGUCCAAGAUGGGGUGGCCUCCCCAGCCACCCCUGGAACCGGGAAAUCUAAGCUGGAAACAUUGCCCAAGGAGGAUCUUAUCAAGUUUGCUAAGAAGCAGAUGAUGCUAAUACAGAAGGCUAAAUCAAGAUGUACAGAAUUGGAGAAAGAAAUCGAAGAACUCAAAUCAAAACCUGGAGGAACUGAUGAUAUUAUUAAGGCAUUGACUGAACGUCUGGAUGCUAUUCUUCUGGAAAAAGCAGAAACUGAGCAACAAUGUCUUUCUCUGAAGAAGGAAAAUAUUAAAAUGAAGCAAGAGGUUGAGGAUUCUGUAACUAAGAUGGAAGAUAUGCAGAAGGAGUUUGAACAAUCACAAAGAAACUGUGUGAAAGAAAUGGAAAAUUUGAAAAAUGAAUUAAUGGCAGUACAUUCCAGACACAGUGAAGAGAAAGCUAGCUUGCAAACGGAAUUGAAAGAAGCAAUAAAAAAACAAUUAGAGUUAUCAGAACAACUUAAAUUUCAGAGUGACUCUGAAGAUAAUGUUAAAAAACUACAAGAAGAGAUUCAGAAAAUUAGGCCAGCCUUUGAGGAGCAAAUUUUAUAUCUGCAGAAGGAAUUAGAAGCUGCCACAAAUGAAAAGGAACAAGAAAUUACUCAUCUCCAAAAAGUCAUUGAGGCUAAUUCUCAGCAUUACCAAAAAAAUGUUAAUAGUUUGCAAGAAGAAUUUCUGCAGUUGAAAGCUACACACCAAGAAGAGGUGAAAGAAUUGAUGUGCCAGAUUGAAGCAUCUGCUAAAGAAUACGACACAGAAGUAAAUAAUUUAAACCAGCUAAAGGAGAAUUUAGUCAAUCAAUGUGAGCAAAGUGAGAACAUUCAGAAGAAAUAUGAAUGUGAAUUAGAAAACUUAGGGAAAGCCUCAAAUGCAAACCAAGAAAAUCAGGUGUGUUCUUUGCUCUUACAAGAAGACAGUUUUGUAGAACAAACAGUAAAUGAAAAAGUGAAAAACUUAGAAGAUACCUUAAAAGAACUGGAGUCUCAACAUAGUAUCUUAAAAGAUGAGCUAACUUAUAUGAAUAAUCUUAAAUUAAAACUUGAAGUUGAUGCCCAACAUAUAAAGGAUGAAUUUUUUCACGAACGGGAAGAUUUAGAGUUUAAAAUUAAUGAAUUAUUACUAGCUAAAGAAGAACAGGGCUGUGUAAUUGAAAAAUUAAGAUCUGAGCUAGAAGAGUCGAAUAAACAAUUUUGCUAUACUGUAGAACAGCAUAACAAAGAAGUACUGAAUCUUCAUGAACAACAUCAAAAAGAAAUAUCAGGAUUAAAUGAGACAUUUUUGUCAGAUUCAGAAAAAGAAAAAUUACCAUUAAUGUUUGAAAUACAGAAUCUCAAGGAGCAAUGUGAAAACCUACAGCAAGAAAAGCAAGAAGCAAUUUUAAAUUAUGAGAGUUUGCGGGAGAUGAUGGAAAUUUUACAAACAGAACUAGGGGAAUCUGCUGGAAAAAUAAGUCAAGAGUUUGAAUCAAUGAAGCAACAGCAAGCAUCUGAUGUUAAUGAACUUCAGCAGAAGCUCAGAACUGCUUUUAAUGAAAAAGAUGCUCUCCUUGAAACUGUGAAUCAUCUCCAAAGAGAAAAUGAAAAGUUAUUGUCGCAAAAAAAUCUUGUGCCAGAACUUGAAAAUACCGUAAAGAACCUUCAAGAAAAGAAUGAAGUGUGUUUAGUUAGUCUUAGUCAGAGAGAUUCCAUGUUGCAAGAAUUAGAAUCAAAGAUAAGUUCUCUUACUGAGGAAAAAGAUGAUUUCAUUAGUAAAAUAAAAAGUUCUCAUGAGGAGAUGGACAAUCUCCAUAUAAAAUGUGAAAGGGAAGAAAGAUUAAUUAUAGAACUUAGGGAGAAAGUGGAGCAAACUACACAGUACAACAGUGAACUAGAACAAAAGGUAAAUGAAUUAACAGGAAGACUAGAAACUUUAAAAGAAAAGGAUCAAAAUAACCAAAACCUAGAAAAGCAUAUGGAUCAAUUGAAAACUCACUUUGAAGACCAAGAAACAUUGUUAUCUGAAGUGCAGUCUCUUCAUGAGGAAAAUAAUAAACUAAGUUCAGAAAAGAAUCAAUUAAAUAGGGAUUUAGAAGCUUUUCUGUCUCAAAAAGAAGAAUAUCUUAUGCUUAAGGAACACAUUUCUGAAUUACAAAAGAAACUUCAAUUAACAGUUGAAGAACGAGAUAAUUUAAGUAAACUGUUUGAAAAUGAGCAAGUUCAGAAGUUAUUUGUCAAAACUCAGUUGUAUGGUUUUCUUAAACAAAUGGAGUCAAAAGUUUCAGAAGACGAUGAAGAGCAAGAUGUUGCAAUUGUCCUACAAGCUGUAGGUGAAUCCUUAGCUAAAAUAAAUGAAGAAAAGCAUAACUUGGUUUUUCAAUAUGAUAAAAAGGUGGUAGAGUUAGAAAAAAAUGUAAAGUGCCUUCAAGAGGAGAAUAUAAUUCAAUGUGAGGAACUUAGGUCUUUACUAAGAGACUAUGAACAAGAGAAAGUUCUCUUAAGGAAAGAGUUAGAAGAAACCCAGUCAGAAAAAGAGGCCCUACAGUCUGAUCUUCUAGAAAUGAAGAAUGCUAAUGAAAAAAUAAGUCUUGAAAAUCAGAAUCUUUUAAUUCUAGUUGAAGAAGUAUCACAAAAAUUAGGUAGCAACAGUGAAAUCCAUAAGGAAAAAGAGAAGUCUUUUACAAAAGAACUUGAAAACCUACGGCUAGUGUUAGAACAAAAAGAAUCUGAAUUGCAAGAUGUGAGAGCACAGUUGAUAUUAUUAAAGGAUUCCCUAGAGAAAAUACCUUCAGUAGAAAAUGAUCAACCUUCAGUGAAAGAACUGGAAGAAAAAAUAGAAUAUCUGGAAAAAGAUUCCAAAGAGAAAGAGGAGAAAACAAAUAAGAUAAAACUAGUUGCUGUGAAAGCAAAAAAAGAACUAGAUUCUAGCAGAAAAGAGGCCCAGACUCUAAGGGAAGAACUUGAAUCUGUUCGAUCAGAAAAGGAUCAGUUGUCUGCUUCCAUGAGAGAUCUUAUUCAAAGAGCAGAAAGCUAUAAGAAUCUUUUACUAGAAUAUGAUAAGCAAUCAGAGCAGCUGGAUAUAGAAAAAGAACGUGCUAAUAAUUUUGAGCAUCAUAUAGAAGACCUUACAAGACAAUUAAGAAAUUCUACUCUUCAGUGUGAGAAAUUAAAUUCUGAAAAUGAAGAUCUCCUGGCUCGUGUUGAGACACUACAAUCUAAUGCCAAAUUAUUAGAAGUACAGAUUUUGGAAGUUCAAAAAGCCAAAGCAAUGGUAGACAAAGAGUUGGAAGCUGAAAAACUUGAGAAAGAGCAGAAGAUAAAGGAGCAUGCCAGUUCUGUAAAUGAACUUGAAGGACUUCAGCUUCAACUUCUAAAGGAAAAGAAACAGCUUCAGAAAACCAUGCAAGAAUUAGAGCUGGUUAAAAAGGAUGCCCAACAAACCACAUUGAUGAAUAUGGAAAUAGCUGAUUACGAACGUUUGAUGAAAGAACUAAAUCAAAAGUUAACUAAUAAAAACAGCAAGAUAGAAGAUUUGGAGCAAGAAAUAAAAAUUCAAAAACAGAAACAAGAAACCCUGCAAGAAGAAAUGAGUGAGUAAAACACAAUUCAGUUUAACUGA